AUGUGGAUCCAGCACAUGUCGCAAGAUGAGCCCUUUAAAUAUAUCCUUCAAGGUUUUUCAAAGAGAUCAAGGAAAGAAAAACCCAGCCUGCCUUACUUGUCCUACAGUUCUACGUGGAGAAGUCCUCUCAAGUCCUUUGCAAUGAUGCCCCGAAAGACCAAAGGUCGCCAAAAGAUUCAGAUGACAAGAAUGGCGAAAGAAAGUAACUUAUUGGUUACCUUCUCCAAACGUCGUGCUGGCCUUUUCAAGAAAGCAAGCGAACUAAGCAUCUUGUGUGGGGUUGAAAUCACAAUCAUCGUCUUUUCUCCAGGUAAAAAGGUGUUCUCCUUCGGCCAUCCAUCUGUUGAGAUGAUUGUUGAUCGCUUCCUCUCACAAAACCUUCCACCAAGUUCUAGCACAUCUCAACUUAUGGAUGCUCAUCGUAAUGCAAAAAUUAACGAACUCAAUAGGCAGCUUACUUAUGUAAUUAGUCAAUCUGAGUUUGAGAAGAACAAAAGUGAACACCUUAGCGAGAUCAGGAAAGCAGGCCAAGAUAAUCACUGGUGGGAAGCUCCAAUUGAGAACCUGAGAUUACCAGAACUUGAGCAGUUGAAAGUAGCAAUGGAGGCGCUGAAAAAGAACAUUGAAGAGCAGUCGAAAAGGCAUCUGGUGGAGGCUGCAAACUCAAUGCCAAUUGUCCCAAUCUCUGGUUCUAUGGGGAUAGCUGGGGACUCAGUUGAAGAUAAAGGUUCUGGGCUUGGAUUAUCCAUGACUUCUCAUGGAAUAUGGCCAUUUCAGUCGUCGAAUCAGGCUUCUAGUUCACGACACUUGGAGAUUGAUGGGAGUAACUCAAGAAGGUUUUAAAGCUAUGGAGUGACUGGUGUGCUUUGCAAGG